CAUCGACACGUCGAGUGCCCUCCGCGCGCACCCGACGGGUGCUCGAACGCGAAACCGCGCGCGGUUCUCCUCUCUUCCGGUUCCCCACGCGGAACUUGCCGCUCAGACGCUCGUCGGUGAGACGGGGAGCAAAGUUUCGAUCCAACGAUCGAAGGUGUUCGCCGCCCUUCUGUGUGCACCGUCCUCCGAGUGACGUUGAGAUGAGACCCUGACCGGAAGUAUCGUAGGCGCUUCGCGAAAGGAGCUGACGGCAACGGAAACCGUCCCCGAACGCUGGUGAUCCUUCCAUGGUGGAGAUCGAAGCGAUCGUUCGCGAGACGAAGGUGCACGGAACUUCGCGAGAGAUCGAAUGCGUCUUUCGAUCGUGCACGACGCAACAGUGCUGUGAUACAAGUGGACCGGAAGUCAUCGCGAGAGUACUGCAACGUGUUACCGUCACUGCAGUGAACGACGCGAAAAAGUGCGCGUAACUUCGAUCGGCCUCGCGGUAAGACUGCAUCCACGUCGCUUUUUGGAUCUUACGCGGCGACGACGACCAACAGACCCCGAAGACAAGUACAAUGAACGUCUGAAAUAACGACGCUACAAAUUAAUUGUCACCAUGAGAACGCUCCUGAUCCUGGCGAGCAUUUUCCUGGAAAUACAUCUUCAUUUCACUGGGAGCCAGGCGGAGCAUCAACGAUCGUUAAGCGCCAAUAACAAAGUGGUGCCGGUGAAGGGCUCCGAAGAUAAAAGUGACGAUGUCAUCGAGGGUCCCAUCAAGGAAGUCCUCGCGCAAAGCGGAAGUACCGCCAAUUUACCCUGCAAAAUCACCGACCCUGGUGCUGGAACCAUCACAUGGGUGAAGCGGAACGGCAGACGAUUAUUAACCGUCGGCACUAGUACUCAUUCGAUCGACAAUCGAUUCGUCGCAAUGCAUUCGAGUAAAGAUUGGGCACUUCAGAUACGAGCGGUUACUCUGCAGGACGCGGGUAUAUACGAGUGUCAGGUUACGUCGCAUCCGGUGCAACGGAACUUCGUGCGCUUGAAAAUCACGGAAGCGUACUCGAUCAUACCUGGCGCGCCCGAUUUACAUGUGAAGCAAGGCUCGAGCCUUCGGCUGGAGUGUCAACUGAUGGCGGCCGCGGAAUCGCCCCUUUACGUCUUCUGGUAUCGUCAGGGCCGAAUGAUCAAUUACGACGAGGAGCCGGGCGUGAAAGUCGAGCUGACGGAGAGCGGAUCGAUUUUAAUGGUCAACAAAACGAAGCCGUCGCACGGAGGAAAUUACACGUGCGAGCCUAGCAACGCGAAACCUGCAUACGUGGUGGUUCACGUGAUCGAAGAGGAGGAGAAACCGGCGGCGAUGCACGGCGGCGACAGAAGGAACCUUAGCCCAGCGAUUCUGGCGAGCAACUUUUUAGUGUCCCUGUUGGCGACCGUCAGCUGGAGGAUACCGAGUUUCACCAGCCUUUACCCGACGUGAAUCGCCGCUGAACACGCGGGAACGAGCGUCGUUAGUCGCGACGCCGCAGCCCGGUCCACCUUCUUCCACGAGGACGACUCCGAGGAUCGCGCGGAUCUUCGGGGGAUCGUCUUUCCAUCCAUAACUCCGACUCGAGCCCACAAGGAAGAGCCUGACUCGUCCGUGUACGUGUACGUGAACUCUAAAAUGUGAAAAUUACGAAUCGACGCCUUCCUCGCGGCCCCCUCGUGUGCACGUCGCAAACUUUGUGUUCCCCAGGCUUUGGUGUCUGUCGCGAGAGACCCCAGGACUCGCGCACCCUCCUAAAAAGGGUUCGUUCGCCGGGCCAGGACCUUUAUUUUCAACACUUGUUUUCCUCCGCUGCCCUAUACGGCC